AUGUAGGAAUAGAUAACGAUGUGGAUAAGCAGACAGUAUUACAUUUUCAGAUUAUCGAAUGCUCAUUUUCUAAUGUACUGCAAUUACUGCAAAAUCUUUUUUUUCAUGUUGCAGAAUCACACUGUGUGAAAUUUUACCACCCAGAGAGGAAAGCUGGACAGCUACUACGGCUUUGUAGAAAUGAUGAAUGCACAUGUGCUGAAGAGAAUUGUAGUAUGCAGAAGAAGGACAAUAUCAAAGAUGAUCAGCGCACAGCUAAGAUUUGCGAGAGUACACUGACCAGCAAAAUAGAUUUUGCAUACAAAGUGAGAGUGGAGGAAUUUGCAGACGGUUUGUCCACUGACAUUUACACAGUGCGGGUACUGGAAGUCAUCAAGGAAGGAACUUUUGAUGUGGGUCCUCUGAAUAAACUGCGCACAUUCCUCAGUUAUCCACACUGCAGGGAGUCUUUAGACUUGGCAGAGAGCAAAAUCUACCUUAUCAUGGGCACAUCCAAAGAUAUUCACAGAGAUGACGUAGAUCAAACGUAUCAGUAUGUACUUGGAGAGAGAACUUGGAUCGAGUACUGGCCCACAGAUGCAGAGUGUCAAACUGAUGAACACAGACCUACCUGUCUGGGCAUGGAGGAGAUGGUCCAGCAGUACCAACUCUUUGGGUGUCAGCAGUAGUGAAACUCGAGGAAACAAAAUGUUCUUUUCAAAUUGUUUUUAUUUUGCAUUAUUCAUGUAAAACUCAACCUGCUUUGGGAUGUAAGGUCUCACAAUGUUGCACUGUACUGAAUAAAACACAAUGGUCUCAA